AUGUCGCAGCAGUACAUGAGCGACGAGGAGUCCUCAUACGACUCAGCCGACGAAGGGGAGAAUGAUGACUAUGGUGGCAUCAUAGCACCUCCCUGGCCCUUUUGCAGCAGCAGACCCAGCGGGAGAAAUGAAGGAGCGGCCAGCCAUGAGAUCGGCGUUCCCCACACGCCGCCAGUAGAUGAAUCCCAUAGCUCAUCACCCCUCAUGCGCCUGGACUCUAUGGACCAGAGGGGCACGGUUCCCUGUGAAAACCCAGCAAGCAAUGGGACUUCAACGCAGGGAUGGGCACAGAUGAUGUCUAAUGGGGCGUCUAGAAGGGACUGUAUCAGCCAGUACCUCGCGGCACCGCUGCCAGCAGGUACCACUAGUUCAGCCCCAGGGCCGCAUAGACACACCUCAGAGGAGCACAUCCCAGCAAGCAACGACAUAAUACCCCUUUUUGUCUUCGGCAGCCGCAGCAGCGAUACAGCAGAAAACCCUACUCACGAUAAGGAAACCACAACCAGGAGGGAGGAGGAGCAGCCCGCCUGCUGCCCUAACUGCAGCAGGACCUUUGCCACCAAACGGGGGAUGGCCAAUCAACUACGAAGGGGCACAAAUAACCCUUGCGGGGAAUUACAUGCAGAAACUAUUAAUCAUCAACAGAAUGUGCCAACCCCCUCCAAUCCCAGCACUACCAAAAGAAGACGAGGACAGCGCAUAGAAGGCCAUGAGGAGGGUCGCACCUCACAGACGGCAUCGCCGAGGUCACCAAAGAGGAAACAGCACAGAAAACACCCACCACUGUCCUUUCCUUACCCUCCAUGGGCUGGACCCCCACCAGCAGCAACUCCUCCAACAACGGAGGAUAAAGAGGCAACUCCGACACCUCAACAGGAUCUGCAACCGCCGACAGAGCACACCAGCCAGGCACUGCAGAUCAACAACACACCGGAUGCAACAGAGCAAAGCAAUGAGCCUAUCUCACGUCUCAUACUACUGCGCAUACCUCGGCUAUCGCCUGACUCCCGUGCAAGGCUAGAACAAACCCUAGAAGCGCUUGCAAAGGAGACAGCAGAGAAAGUCUACGGAGGCACUUCGGAGGAAGUCAGAGCCGCAAUCAACGGCUUCACACAACAACUAUACAACGCGAUUUGGUUUGCUGACAAGACUUCAUCAGCAGCCAAGCAAGACAGGCCGAGGAAACAGCACUCCCAGAACGGCAAACACUAA